AUGAUUAACAUUCCUCCCUCAUCCCAGCCAGGUCUUCACCAGCUGAAAAAUUUCUUCUCCCUAACCGCCAAACAAAGGAGGCUAACUGCUUCAAAUGAAUAUAACACUCUCCCUAACAUUGAACAAGAAGAGCAAAGAGAAGGGCAAAGAGUUGCUACAAAGAGAAGGGCAAAGAGUUGCUACAAAGAGAAGGGCAAAGAGUUGCUACAAAGAGAAGGGCAAAGAGUUGCUACAAAGAGAAGGGCAAAGAGUUGCUACAAAGAGAAGGGCAAAGAGUUGCUACAAAGAAGAAGGGCAAAGAGUUGCUACAAAGAGAAGAGCAAAGAGUUGAGAAGGGCAAAGAGUUGCUACAAAGAGAAGGGCAAAAGAGUUGCUACAAAGAAGGCAAGAGUUGCAAAAGAGAAGGGCAAAGAGUUGCUACAAAGAGAAGAGUUGUUAGAGAAGGGCAAAGAGUUGCUACAAAGAGAAGGGCAAAGAGUUACAAAGAGAAGUUGCUACAAAGAGAAGGGCAAAGAGUUGCUACAAAGAGAAGGGCAAAGAGUUGCUACAAAGAGAAGGGCAAAGAGUUGCUACAAAGAGAAGAGCAAAGAGUUGCUACAAAGAGAAGAGCAAAGAGUUGCUACAAAGAGAAGGGCAAAGAGUUGCUACAAAGAGAAGGGCAAAGAGUUGCUACAAAGAGAAGGGCAAAGAGUUGCUACAAAGAGAAGAGCAAAGAGUUGCUACAAAGAGAAGGGCAAAGAGUUGCUACAAAGAGAAGAGCAAAGAGUUGCUACAAAGAGAAGGGCAAAGAGUUGCUACAAAGUGUCAUGA